AUGUCGCGCGUCGACGGCGCGGCGAGCGCGUGCGCCGCGCUCGUGGACGCGGGAGACGAGGAUGCGUUUCGACGAAGAGCGCGAGCGGUGCUGGGAGGGACGGCCGUGGGAGAGAAGGACGACGCGUGGGCGGUUCGAGCGCUCGAUGGGGGGCGGUGGGAGGGAAAGGAGACGACGGUGACGUCGGUAGGUGAGAGAAUGAGCGAGAAGACGAUAUCUCGGGCGCGGGAGGAGGCGUUUGAGAGAUUCCAGCAGAGCGCGGAGGCGGAGCGCGCGGCGGAGGCAGAAUCGGAAUCGGAAUCGGAAUCGGAGGAUGAGAGGGUAGACGAGACGGAGGAUGGCGAUGAAAUUGUGAAGAGCGGAGCGUUGGUCGAGGCGGAGACAGGAGAGAGUUUGAUUUCGAUCGAGGAAACGACGACGAUGACCGUCUCGAGCGAGCCGGCGUCGGCGUUGGAUCCGUUCGCGAGCUUCGGCAACAUUACCAUCGAUCCCGCGCCCGCGGUGGAGCCAGAAGUGGUGCCCACGACGUUUGAAGAGGACGCCGACGACGAGUUCGGGGAUUUCGUGUAG